GCAUGCUCAGUCCUGAGAGACAGACUACUGGAGCACACUUGUACCUUCCCUGUGAAAGAUACACAAUCUCAUGAGCUUCAGCUCUUUUUCAAACACCCCGUGUAAAGAUGUUGGUGAUUUGAUAAAACGGAUGUGAAGAUUCACUCUUGGACCUUGUACAAAGGAUGCACUAAUGAAACUCUGCUUUUCGGGUGAACUUUGACACCAUGGCUGGAUUUUACAGCUGCUUUGGGGACAAAAGUGAUUGUGACAUCAUGGCCUCAGGAUCUCCAGACGUCACAGUCACUACUGAACCAUCAGAAGCAGCAGAAGAGUGUUCAGGGAAAAAGAAGUCCAAAUUCCAGACGUUCAAGAAUUUUUUUGUAAAGAAAAAGAGGAAGGAAAGUCCUGCACCAUCGAGUGAAAGUGGUUUAAAGGCCAGUCAAUCAAGUGAUGACAUCAACACCUCAGAGCCAACCAUCAGCCAUGCCAACAGCGACAAUGACUGCGGAUCCAAGAUCAGCAUGGGAAGCAAAACCAUGUCACAUGAUAGUGUGUUCGUGACUGAUUCGCCCUCAUCAGAGACUCAUGAGGGUCUGGGGGAAUCCCAAGACAGCAUUCAUGGGAAAGUGAAGUCUCUGCAGCUGCAGUUGAAGCAGGCGAUUCGUCUGGGCUCUCCACCAUCACUCCAGUGCGGGAGGAAAGGAGAGGACACAGGGGCUCUUUCUGAAGAUGAUGGUCUUCCCUGCAGCACUGUGCUGGCCACACCUCUUCACUCAUCGGUGGAUUUGACCCAGAGUUCCUUGAGCAUUGAGGCUUCAGAGAGUGAAGAUGAUCAGAUGUCUUGUGAAGCUUCUUCGAGACCCGGCACACCUCAGGGCUCUGUCCCCGCAGACUUCAGUUUGCCCGCCAGUUCUGUCUCCUGCUUAGACAGCUCAGCUGCCCGUCACCGCAUCGCUGUCAAAGCCAGCGCUUGUGCCAAGAGAAAGCCUGUCAGCAGACAAAUGUUGGACAAGAGAAGAGACCUGAGGGAAAGAGUGCUGCUCAGAGACACAGAGGACAAACUACGGAUGAUGGUCACAACUAUUGGAGAAGAACAUAAAGAUUUGCCCGGAGAACAGGUGAAUGAUUCAGACCGUGAGUCAUUUGCUUCUGAACAGGAGGAAGAGGAAGUAAGCGACUCCAGCCAGUGUCAAAAAACUUCUCCAACAUCCUCCAUCUCAGCUGGAGACAUCUCUGAAGGAGAGGAACACGUUCCUGGCGAGGAUCACGUCCCCAAGUAUGAGAUCCCAGAAUCCUCUUGGGAGAGUCCAGUAACACUUGAGCUGCAGGCCGAUGACUUCCUGUUGGACACCGGAUGUGAGGUCGUUCCUGAGGAGCAGGGGUCAUUGCUGGAGGAAGUGUUGAGCUCCCUGAAGAGCCCUCUUGCGUCAGGACUAGCACUGGAGCAUGAGAACAUGCUUCUUCAGAGGGAGGGGCAAGACAUAAGUGGUGAGAGCGUAGCUGCUCAGCUUGAGGAGGAUCUUCUCAAUCCCUCAGAGCCUACAGUGAGCACAAAGGAACCGGCUCCUCUGCCUGACUCGCUUUCUGAAUCAUCUGUGGAUUCAGAGGAGAUCGCAGAGGAGACCACGGAGGAGGAGGAGCUGCUGGAGGUGCCAGAGUCUGCUGAGGAAGAGUCUGUGGAUGCAACUCACCAAGUGUCUGAAGAUGAUGUUGAGAAACAAGCAGAUGAGGCUGAGAGUGCCAAAGAGAGCCAAGUGUUAUUAGAAUCGCCAAAAGCUUUCGCAGUAUGUGAGAAAGAACGCGAUGAAGAUGUUGUUGAGGAUGAAGCUGAAUUGGAGAGACAAAACAAAGAGGGUGCAGAUGAAGAUGAUGAGUUGACGGUGGUGGAACCUGAGAUGCAGAAGAACUGUACAAAUGAUGUUAAACAUCAAGAGGCUGGAGGUGGGACAGGUUCUCUAGAGCCUGAGAAAGAUGAGACUGCGGCUGAUGAAAGAGAAUCAACUGCAGUCAAUGCUGAGAAUGUUCCUGAAUCCACUCCCACAGUCAGAGAUGAUGUCUGGACUUCAGCAGAAACCAACGAUGAGCCUGAAGCCUUAGCAGAGACGCUACUUUCUACUGUGUCCCCUGUGCUGGAGAGUCCACUUCUCCAUUCUCAGUUCUCCAGUCCAUCUGUGUCUCCUGUAGAGCAGGAAGAGGAUGUGUCUGGUGAGCCCCAGGAAGUGUCUUCAGGAAAAAUUCAGGGUGCUUCUGAGCAGCAAGUUCUUGAGACACCUACAAAAGAACCUAUGAGAAUGCUUGAGGUUCGCCCUCGGUUCACCAUCGCCCCUGCAUGGCAAAGGUCAUUGGCUUCUGGAGGCACCCAAGAGCAGACCCAGACCAUCUCACUGGUGCUACCAGAAACGAAUGCUUCUAAUGAAUCUCCCCAAACAACUGAACUCAUUAAACCAGCCCGAGCUCAGAGUUCCCCAACACUUCCUGUGCAGAAAGAGACGCCCCCAGAGAACCCGUUUGGAGUGCGCUUGAGAAAGACUCCAGUCCUGCGCCGCUAUGGUUUAGAUGGAGAUUCGCCUUGGACCCCCACUCAAACAGAGUCUUCAGCGGCGCAGGAGACCCAGGAGCACGAGCAGAGCGACAGGAAGCCCAUCUUACUUAAGAAGCCUGAUCUGCUAGCUGACACUGUGAUGUCCGUCAGGAAAAUCCCAGACACAGUGGGGAGAAUAUCUGUUGGUGGCACUGAUUCUCCAAGCUGGAUCUCUGUGGCCAGACAGAAACAGAGGAACUUCAUCGAGAGCUCGCCUGAAAACUCUCCAGAGAAACUUCCCGCGCAGGGGGAUUCAUCAGACAGUUUAUCAAAUCCAAUCGCCAAAGAGCAACCGGCACGGCCGUGUUCACCUUUACAAGUGUUCUGCUCCCUUGAACUGUCCAACACAUCAACGGUAGAGAAGGAAAGCAAGAGAAGCACUAUCCCGUCCACUGCGCCUUUGGCCCAAGAUGAGCCUCCCUGGCUGGCUCUCGCUAAGAAGAAAGCCAAAGCAUGGAGUGAAAUGCCCCAGAUUGUUCAGUGAAAGGCCCUGCUGGCAUAUGGACUUCAUAAUUCUUCCCUAUAUUUACAUACACAUAAACAAUACAUUUGAGCAGUAAUAGGAACCAUAUACAGACUAAUUUUGCUUAAUCUGCCCGGUGUCACUUAUGUUUUUGUGACAUCAUAAAGGAAACGAUGCACAUUAGACUGGGGCUUAUGGGUAAUACAUUGCAUUUGUAUUAUACAGGUGCUGGUCAUAUAAUUAGAAUAUCAUCAAAAAGUUGAUUUAUUUCACUAAUUCCUUUCAAAAAGUGAAACUUUUAUAUUAUAUUCAUUCAGUACACACAGACCGAUAUAUUUCAAAUGUUUAUGUCUUUUAAUUUUGAUGUUUAUAACUGACAACUAAGGAAAA